AUAAGAUGGCAACAGUGAAUGCCAGUCAUGUCAAUAAAUAUUUGAUAAGGACUUAAAAUCGAACUUUGUUUAAACUUUUUCCUGGUUUGAGUCUUAUACUUAAAUUUCUUAUAAAAUUCUAAACAAGGCAAAACUUUACAACAAAAAUGUUGUCUAAAAAGUUAUAUACAUCCUUGAAGUCAUCUGCAAAUUAUGGUUUACGUGCAAUUAGUUGCAGUAGUACAUGCAAUAAAAAACUAGAUGCUACCAAGUCUAGCAGCCUAAAGAAUGUUGUUCUUGUGGAAGGAGUAAGAACUCCUUUUCUUGUAUCAGGCACUGAUUACAAUAACAUUAUGGCUCACGAUUUGCAACGACAUGCUUUUGUAUCUCUGUUGCGUCGCACUGGUAUUCCAAAAGAAAUAAUUGAAUACAUCAUUGUGGGAACUGUUAUUCAAGAAGUCAAAACAAGCAACAUUGCAAGAGAGGCUUCUCUUGGUGCUGGAUUAUCUCUCCACACCCCUGCACAUACAGUUACUCAAGCUUGCAUAUCUUCUAACCAAGCAAUCACUACUGCAUUUGGUCAUUUAAGCACGGGACAAAUCGAUGUUGCAGUAGCUGGAGGAGUUGAAUUUCUUUCUGAUGCCCCAAUUCGAUUUAAUAGACCUAUGCGUAAACUUAUGAUAUCUGCUAACAAAGCAAAGACAGCAAUGCAAAGAAUUCAACUUCUUCUAAAAUUGAGGCCUAACUAUUUUACACCUGAAGCACCUGGAGUUGCUGAAUUUUCAACUGGUGAAAUCAUGGGGCAUUCUGGAGAUAGGUUAGCUGCUGCUUUUGAAGUAACACGUGAAGAGCAAGAUAAAUUUGCUUUGAGAUCCCACACUCUUGCAGAUAAAGCUUCAAAAGAAGGAUUAUUAACUGAUAUUGAACCUAUGUUUGUACCAGGAAAAAACAAACCAAUAUCAAAAGAUAAUGGCAUAAGAGUUUCAUCUCUUGAACAAAUGGCAAAAUUGAGGCCAGCAUUCAUCAAACCACAUGGCACAGUAACUGCUGCAAACUCAUCAUUUCUG